GCCAGUGCCUCGCGCUUUAACUGAAGAAGUUGCUGUUUUGAUUUGAGGUGGUUUUGUGUUUUGGAAGGGGAAGUUUAACGAUAACUAGUUAACUAACAGAGCGGUAAAAUAAAUUACUGCACUACUGAGGAGUUCGCUGAUCUCUUACUGGUCGGGUUUGUUUAGAAGAAGAAAGAGGGGAGAAGAAAACUUGCUGACCAGAAAGAAAAAGAGAAAGAGGGAGAUCUGGCUCUGUUGGAGGGAGGCGAAGCUGUGGAAGAGAAAGGCGAGCAGGACCAGACCUGCGCUGAGCUGAAGACUGAAACUGAAAGCCUCUCUGAUAGUUAGCGGUGUGAGGAGAUCAUGGACGGCUGUAGUGGAGGAGAAGAGGCGCUGGGCGAGAGCGCAGCAGUGUUUGACAGGUCUGGUAGCCUGAGGAACAGCUGAAAAUCUAGACAAGCGUUUAAUUAGCGGAACGCAACCAUCAUCCACCACCUCUUCAGCACAAAAGGGAUUAGAGGUUCGUGUUUCUCUAUAAAGUAGAUCUUAACCAGCCUGGAUAAAUGAUCAGUACCUGCUGCUGAUUCUGUAAUGAUGGCAGUAGAGAAGGACCCUGGGAAAUGGACCCAAAACCUACCAGUGUGUUUACUCACGGUGGUUUGAAAAGCUGAUUACAAACUAGAGGAGAAAUGGAAAGGAGAAGGAGUGGCACCAGAGCAGGAGUGCCUGUCUGGACCUCCGCCCCAGGGUACUCUUCCUCUCCCCCCAGCCCAAUUGGGUCACAGCUCAGCUGGGAAGAGAGUGGAGAGGAGAACUUCCAGAGCCAGAUGGAUGAGAAUGGUAUCAUUGGCCUGAGCGGAGGCAUGGGGGAGAUGGAUGAAGAAGAAGAGGUUCCAUUAGAAGAAGAAGAAGAAGAAGAAGAAGAAGAAGAAGAAGAAGAAGAAAAUGAUGUGUUGGGUGCAGGAACUCCAGAACCUGAGAAAGGUUCACCUCCUGCUCUGGAUGAUCUGAGCUGCAACCUGAGUGAGCUGCUGGACUCUGAGCCUUUCUCCCAGCCGACAGCAGAUGAUGACGAAAAUAGUCUUGCAUUGGAGGACUGGAGUGAUGGAGAAGAUGAGCAGAAACCUCAUAAGGACCAUUCAGAGAGCUUUAAAAUUCAUAAGCCAGAGAGAGAUGGGGUGUUAAGCAUGACUGCUGAUGGGUCUGAAGAGGCUAAAGAACUCAGAGAGCCAUCAUUUUCUCCUCAAGGGGAAGUGAACCCAAAGUACAACUGGAUGAAGGGAGAAGAUGAUCCCAGUAAUGAAAAAAAUGAUCACCUGGAAACCUCAAAAAAUCAUAGAAGAACCUCAGAAACCACUGUGAGCUCACAAAAUCAGUCUAUAGAAAUUCCUCAUGUCUUCUCACCUCUUUCCUUGAAAAACUACCUCCACCAGCUCUCCCAAGAGGAGCCUGCCUGGAACUUUGGACCAGAAGCAGCCGAAAUAUUCCCAUUACAAACAUCCCCCAGCAGCCCACUGAGCUGCACCCCUGGAAUGUCCCAGUCUAAAUUUGGGGAGGAGCUGUGUGAGAAAAUUGAGUGUUCAGUCACACCUCAGCUCAGACCGGAAUUACAGACUGAGAUUCACCAUCAUCAGACUCUUCUCCAGCCUCCUAUUCCUUUUCACAGAGCAGUAAAGUGUGCUCCUCAGGAAUCUCGUCAGUUGCCAAGUCCUGCACAGCAUACAGCCAAUCCCCAGAGCUCUUCCUCAGACUCCUCUCCGCUUAACACACCCCAUCACAGGAGGCAUCGUGGACACAGACCCUGCAGACCCUUUAAUACUGACCUGAAGGAUGCUAGAAACGGGCAGCUGAGUCAUCCUUUACCAGAUUUUUCCAAGGUGGAGCCCAAAGUUCGCUUCCCCAAGAGCGACUACAAGCCCCCCAGGAGCCGGAGACCUCCUCGAAAAAGAGACUCAAAGCCAGACGCUCCUCUGUACAAAUCCCCUGCUGACAUGGUGAGGGAGGUUCUGCUGAGCAGCGCAGAAGGGCUCUCAGAUACUCCUGCUCCUGUUGACCUCCAGAGAUCUGUGGACAGUGAUGAGACUAAGGAGAUUCUGUGUCCUCUUCAGGCCAGUACUCUGGUCCAACAGCUUCAGGAUGAUUAUAACAGGCUUCUAACCAAAUAUGCAGAGGCUGAGAACACCAUUGAUCGUCUACGCCUGGAAGCAAAGGUGGGCCUGCAGUGCAUUUCUCCCAGGUCCAGUCAGUCUGCUUUGCCAGGUGUUCUCAAUAGUGGAUCCAAGGUGAUAACCCUGAGUUUUCCUCAGGCUCAGAGAGCAGAGCUUAGCACAAACACAGUGCCUCCAACUCAAGAGAGGACUAAUACAGAAGCUUCCAAUGAGAUUCUCAAUCGCCCUUCAUCUGUAGACCUCAUCUAUUCCAAAGGACAUCUCUCUCUUACUGCAGCACAACUAACUGAAUCUCUCUCAAAACAACUACAGAUAUUUCAACUACAGGUCGAUGAGUUUGAGAAGCUUCUGAAGAGUGGAAAACUUGAACCUUAUGAGCAGAUGCAGGAGCUGUCUCAGCUGGCCCAGGGCCAGGACUCUUUAGAGAAGGCUUAUCUGGCUGCUCGAGACCAAUAUCAACAAAUGCAGAAGGAAACAAGAGGACAGUCAAGCCCUUUUGACCCUGAAAGGGAACUUGAAAGUCAGAUUUUUAACUCUGGUUUGCGAUUGGAAGAACUGAAUGAGAGGAUGGAGCAGUCUGAACAAAACGAGCCCAAAUCAGAACCUGGACCAAGCCCACGUCCUUAUGCCCAUCAGCUCUGUGCAUCUUUAAACGAGACAGUACCCCAGCCCGAGACCCCGGUUUCUGCAGCCCACUCUGAGGACACAGUUGAGUUGGAGGUGAGUUCUGUGAAUGAUGGAAGUGAUGGAGACAAAGAAGAAAAUGCUAAAGAGGAGAUUCUUCCAUCUCUUCUCCAUUCCCUGCACCAAAAACACAAGUGUGUGGAGAACGACUUCAGCAAUCUCAUGGACCGAUACCAGAGCUUCAGAGAGCUGCCCAAGCGGCUGGAGAGAGGACUGUCUGAGUCCCGCCAGUCUCUGGAGUUUAGAGCUUCUCCUCCUUAUCCUGCUUUAAGUGACGGAGUAGAAGAUGAUCCGCACUGGAGUACUAAAGACGAGGUGGAUUCAUCCAAAUCAGUAGAUCAUAGUUCCUCUGGUACUUCACAUGUGUGUAACUCUAAGGAAACACUUGACAUGAGCCCUCUACCAGACACAACAUUACCAGGGCCACAUGGCAGUGAGAGAAGACCUUCAGCUAGCAGCACUUCCCAUAGCAACCUUGGAGAGAGUGCAGCCUUCAAGAAAAGAGCCUCAAAAAAGUGUGAUAGGGUUCUGAGAGCCCCCCCACAGGAUGGAGUUGCAUCACCAGAGACUGACAGUGGCUUUCUGGGUUCCGAGAGUAGUCGACUCACGCCUGCAGUACUCAGUCCUGUCCAGCAGAGGACAGCAUUGAGGGUGACCAGGCCAUCUGUCACACAAGAGCCGAGCACAGUAAAACCUGAGAAAGUGUUGGUCAGUGUGCAGCCUGCUCUUGGCUCCCAGGCACAGAUACAGACCCCUCCAACCUGCUCUCAAACAGCUCCAGGCUCCACAGGGGAGGAGAGGACAGGAGGGCACACUGGGAGAAGGUACCUGCCCAGCCCCUCCAACUCCAGUUCCCCACUGCGCUUAUCCAGUGGCCCCCUGCAGCCCUGCUGGAGUGACUCUGCCCCGUCCUUAUCAGGAGAGGAAGCACGACAGGAUGACCGAUACACACAGCCGGCCAAUCAAAACGACUGUUAUCUCAGAAGCCCCUCCCCUGCUGUAUCCUAUCGCCAUAGCGACCACCUCAAAGCACAAGGUUCUGUCCAGCUGACAAAUCGCCAUGAGGCCCUCCAGUCUCUGCAAGAAGAGGUGGACAGACUCCGGGAGCACCUAGAGGGCAGUCUGAGGAUGUCCAGUCCAUCCAGUCCUGUGAGAGCACGGUUUUCUGUCCUAGAGGAUUUCAGAAACCCUAAACCUUCUCACACAUCUACACCUGUACAACCUACCCUCAGGUUUUUGAAUCCAAGAGCAGCCAACAAAAGAGCACCAAGAGAGAGUAGGAGGAGUGAGGAGGAGGAAGAGGAAAGAAAGACAGCACCAAAGCCUGAGCCAAGGAGGAGAUCAGCAUCUCUACCCCGUUUUAGAACAGAGCUUUCAGAUAUAACCACAGAUUCCGAGCAUGCCCAGUCUGACCCCAAGCCACAAACCCUGAGGUAUUUCCCAGUAUCCCCUUCAAAGUCACCUGCAUACCUGAGAGCCAGGGCUGAGCCAAAGCCCCACUCGAGUAGCCAGCGGCGUAGCAGAUCACCUGUCCAAUCAAAGGAGUAUGAUGAUGAAUGCAGCAGAGGGCCGGCUCCUGCUCGGUGUAUGUGGUGUACAGCAAGACCGAAUAGUAGAAUGCCUGCACCAAACCAAAGCUUCAUUCGGAGGGAUGUUCAGAGGCCAGUGAGCUCCACACACAGGGAGAGAGGGGGUGUGUACUUAGCAGCAGCUCCUCCCCCUACAGUACUUGGCUGUGUGCACAUGGUCCAGUGUGUGCCAGUCUUUCCUACAGUUCUCUACUACUCCAUCCCUGUGGCACCAUCUACCUACCCAAAGCCCCUUUACCCCUCACGGAGCAGCGAUGACAGAGGUCACAAAUCAGGAGGCAGAAUUCAUCACAGACGUUCACAGUCUGUGGACACUCAGCACUCUCUCAAACGCUCUCUGGAUCGUGCCAUUGAUGCUGCCAGGAGCAUGCAUGAAGUUUCACGACGCAUGACGCGUUCUCUCGCUUCGGGACUGCAGAACACAAGCCCUCUCGCUCAUUCCUGCUCCUACUAACACUGCAUGCAGCACUGAGCACUGCUCUCACCCAACCACCCAGCAGCACUGCUGCAUCCUCCAGAGUUAGUUCAGCCUUGUGGAAACAAAUACGUCUUUUACUGGUACUGAGAAAGUAAUAUGGAACUCUUAGUCUAAACCAUGGCAGCUACACUGUAAUGGAAGAGGAAACUACACUGUGAGAUAAACUUAUUUAAUUUAUGGCUGGAUUUUAACUUUAUGAAAUAUACAAAAAAAAAUGUAAGCUGUGUAAAAGGAAGCUUUUUAACUGUUGUAUACUGUUAUUACAUACAGAGGAGUUCUUCUUCCACAAAAUGAAGUACUUCUGCACUAUGUGUAUUAGUUUACUGAUUACUUUUUACAUACAUUUAUAUAAGGUUUUUAAAAGUAAUGGAGACUCAUCUGAAGUUUUGUGAUUUGUGAUUUUUUUGGUGAAUGUUAUUUAUGGUGAAUGUUUUUUGUAUGAGUAUAAUUUAAUUACUCAGACUUUUGUCCUGAAUUUUUUUUUUAAACUGCAAUAUAGUGAAAUUGUCCUGUCAUACUGGGAGACCCCAAAGACAUAUAAAAGUUAGUGAGAUUACAGACAUGACAGAAUUUAUAUAGUCAUCAGAAAAUUAUGACCACCUCCUUUCUACACUCAGUGUCCCAUUUUCACAGCUCCACUGGUCAUAUAGGAAUCUUUGUAGUUCUAUAAUUACAGACUGUAGUUCUGUGUCUGUAUCUCCUCAUUUCACCCUGUUAUUUAAUGCUCAGUCCCCCACAAGACCGCCACAGAGCAGCUAUUAAUAUUUGGAGGGGGGGUCAUUUAUUCUCAGCAUAAAUGACCCCCCAGCCUGCAGCCUGAUCAUAUAUAUAUAUAUAUACAUAUAUAUAUAUAUAUAUAUAUAUAUAUAUAUAUAUAUAUAUAUAUAUAUAUGUACAUGGUACAUGUCAAAGUUGAUUUUAAAUGAUGACUUCUUUUUAGUGAAGCAUGUAAUUCAACAAACAGCUAAGUGUUAGUAAGUCUUAUUUCUUUUGUUCUUUAAAAUAUUAAAUAAAAAAAGUGUUUUUUCUCAA